CUGACGUAGCGGAGGAGGCGCCGGGUUUGAAUCUGAGUGUUUUUCUGGCUCGUGUGGUGGUGGACGCGGCACCGGAGUUUUUGGACCUUCGUCGGAGGUCGGUCUCCUACCGUUGUGGUAAGGAGCAGUGAUUGAAUUCUUCUUCCCAACCUAUUUUUUCAUUUUUAAAUGUUGAUUGAGUAAUAAACAAGAUAGAACAAAAUGAGUUGGGCGUUAGAGGAAUGGAAAGAAGGUCUGUCUACUAGAGCCCUUCAAAAAAUUCAGGAGCUUGAAGGGCAGCUGGACAAACUGAAGAAAGAAAGACAACAAAGACACUUUCAGCUGGAAUCCCUAGAGGCUGCGCUGCAGAAGCAGAAGCAGAAGGUUGAAGAUCAAAAAAAUGAGGGGGCCACCCUCAAAAGGGAGAAUCAGAGCUUGAUGGAAACAUGUGAUAAUUUGGAGAAAAUGAGGCAGAAGAUUUCUCAUGAACUUCAGGUCAAAGAGUCACAAGUGAAUUUCCAGGAAGGACAGCUAAAUUCAAAUAAAAAGCAAAUAGAAAAACUGGAACAGGAACUUAAAAGAUGUAAAUCUGAACUUGAAAGAAGCCAUCUGGCAGUGUUGCCAGGAGAUGUCUCAACACUAAACAGUACACCGCAGAAGAGUUCUGCUGCUUCUGGACAAUCAAGUCAUCAGAGUGUUUCCAAGUAUGAAGAACUACAAGAAAAAUAUAGUAAAGAAGUUGAAGAACGGAAAAGGUUAGAGGAAGAGAUUAAAGCUUUGCAAAUUAAAAAAGCAAGUAAGACAGUUCCCCCAAACACCAUGAGUCAUAGGGAAAUUGCUCGACAUCAGUCUUCUUCAUCUGUGUUCUCAUGGCAACAAGAAAAGACGCCUACUCGUCAUUCAGCCAGUGCUCAAGAAACUCCCCUUACGAGAGGUUUUACUGCCUUACACGCUCCUUGGGAACAAGAAGCAACACCUAAUAGGAAGUCAAGUUGGACAACAGAGAGGAAAGACACUAAUUGCGGUUUCCAUGAGAAUCAUAGUAAUCCUCACCUGCUGGAUCAAAUAAAAGCCCAGAACCAAGAGUUAAGGUGCAAAGUUAAUGAAUUGGAACAUCGACUGCAAGGACAAGAAAAAGAUAUAAAAGGACACAUGAAUAAAUGGCAAGAAACACAGCUCCAAUUAGAGAAAACAAAAUUGGAGUUAACUGAGAAAGAGAAAGUUUUGAACAAAACUAGGGAUGAACUGAUGAGAUUAACAGCACAAUUUGACCAGGCAACAGCCAAGUGUACAACACUGGAACAAAAGUUGAAAAAAAUGUCUGAAGAUUUGAGUUGCCAAAGACAAAAUGCAGAAAGUACCCGAUGCUCUUUGGAACAGAAAAUCAAGGACAAAGAUAAGGAGUAUCAGGAGGAACUCUCUCAUCAACAACGUACCCUCCAGAUGCUGGACCAGGAAAGUACUCAGAUAAAAGCCAAAUUAAACCAAGAGUUACAGCAGGCCAAAAGCACUCAAAACCUAUUGCAGGCUGAACUUGAUAAAGUCGUAGCAGUGAAACAGCAGCUGGAGAGAAAUUCAGACGAAUUUAAGCAGAAGCUCUGCAGAACUGAACAAGCAUUGCAGGCAAGUCAGACAAAGGAAACUGAUCUGAGGAGGAGCAUGGAGGAAAUGAUGCAGCAAAAACAACUUUUCAGCCAACAGUUAGAUAAAAGAGCAAGAGAAGUUUACCAACUGGAGGAAGAACUCAAGAAAACUAAACAUUGUUUAAAACAGAAUCAGAAUCUUGCAGAAGAAAUGAAAGAUAAGAAUUCCACUCAAGAGGAAGCUUUAAAACUUCUUCAAGAAAAAAUAAAUCAACAGGAAAAAUCUGUGAACUUAGAGAAACUGAAGCUUGCAGUGGCUGAUCUAGAAAAGCAACGGGAUUGUUCUCAAGAUCUGCUAAAAAAAAGGGAACAUCAUAUUGAACAGCUAAAUGAUAAAUUAAGUCGAACAGAGAGAGAGUCACAGGGGUUACUAAGUACCUUGGGAUUAAAGGAGAAGGAAUGUGAAGAACUUAAAAAAGAGAUAAUUCUAUUUUCUCAGUGGAAAAAUGAGAAAGAAGAACUUUUGAAUCAGCAUUUGUUAGAAAAGGAAGGUUUGCAAAGCAAAAUUAAUGAUUUAGAAAUAUGUCUGAGGACUCAGCAGAUGAAAAAUCAUGAUACCAAUGAAAGUUUCAAAAUAAUGGAAACUGAAAAAGAAAACUUAGGCUUGGAGGUUAGAAACCUUCAGAAUGCAAUAGAAGGAAAAAAUGUAGAAUUAGAAGCACAGAAAAAAGCCUAUGAUGAGCUCCAGCGAAAAGCUGAAUGCUCAGAUCAGAAAUAUAAAAAGGAAAUAGAAAAUCUCUCUCUAAAAAUAGUUCAGGUAACUGGGGAAGUUGAACAUCUUAAACAAAAACUACAGUUAAUGUCUAAUGAAAUGCUGGGGAAAGAUCAGCGUUAUGAAGAAUUGUAUAUACAAUAUGAAAAGGUCAAUAGUCUAGUAAAAUCUAAAAAUAUUUCUCAAAUGAUAAGUGAUGAUCACUGUGGGGACCUUUUCAUUUUAGAACAGCCAGUAUUGAACAAUUCUUUUAAAAAUAUACAUGAAAUUCAAGGAAGUUUGUCUUUAGAAGGGGGAGAUCAGGAAAUUAAAUUGCAUUUAGAAGACCAGAAUGUACAUAGUGCACCUAUACCACAACAUAAAGUUUCUUCAUUUGAGCUUUCAGUAGAGUCUCAAAAGCAGAGGAACUCAGACUUACAAAAACAUUGUGAAGGUUUGGGGCAAAUCAAAGUUGAAAUAGAAGAAAAUCUGAUUAAAGCAGAACACAUGCAUGAAAAUAUUGUGGAUAAAAAGUUUCAAAUGUUGAGUGAACAAUUGGAAUCUAGACAAGCAGAGAUUGAAGAUUUAAAAACCAGUAACCAAUUACUUGAAGAGUCAGUAAAGCAAUUACAGUUGCUGUCUGAAACCCUGAGUUCUGAGAAAAAGGAAAUUAAUUCAAUUCUCUUUCAAAACCAGAAAGAAAUUGAAGAACUGACCCAAGAAAAUAGGAGUCUCAAGGAAAUUAAUGCAGUUUUGAACACAGAAAAACUGGACUUAAUACAAAAAAAUGUCAAUUUUUCGAACUGCUUAAUUGAAAGAGAGAAAAAUAUUUCAGAGUUAUGUGUUAGAAACAAAGAGGAAGAGCUUCUUUUAGUAAAGAGAUGUGAAGAAGCUCAAAAGGGACUUGAACAUCUUAAAGAAAAAUACAAAUUAAUGGAGGAAAAGAACACUGAAUUGGAAUGUAUUUUAAAUGAACGUACUGCUAGUCUUUGUGAAAGCAGAAAUGAAUUAAAAGAUAUGGAAGGAGCUUUUGCAAUUGAGCGUGAAAAUUACUUAGGGAAGCUAGCCCUAGCGGAGGAAAAAAAUGAGAAAUUAAUUCUUAAGAUGGAGACAAUACAGUGUGGACUGAGAGCUGAGAUUGCAGCUAUUCAAAAUAGUUCAAAGAUUGAAACUGAUGGCUUAAGACAAGAAAUUUCAAAUUUCAGUUUUGAACAAAGCAAAAUGCAAGAACGCUAUCAUGUCUUGCUUCAAGAAAAUGAUCGACUGAUGAAAUUAGUUAAGGCAAAAGAUGUUCAAAAGACUGAAUUGGUUCUUGCUGAUAGCCCAGCUUCUAAACAAAUCAGUGAGUCUGUAAAUGAAAAUGGGAAUGGAUUAGAUAAUUUUAAGAAGAUUCAAGUUGAAAUGUUUCAUAAAAAUCUUGCAGCUAAAGACAGUUCUUUAAAUUCUUAUAAUGCAGAAGUGUUGCAGCUUGAGGAAGUCAUUGAACAUAUGGAACUAAGACUUAAAGAAAGUGAAAAGGAAAAAGAGGUCUUACAGCAAGAAUUAGAAAUGCUUAGAAAAGAGUUAGAAACUAGGGAUUCAAAGGUAAUGGACACUAAGCAAUAUGAUCAGUCUUUUGAAACUAACAGUUAUGAGGGCUGUAAAAGAGAAAUGGAUGAAAAGUAUGUUUCAGUUCUACAUGAACUAUCAACAAGCCAAAAUGAUAAUGCACAACUGAUGACUUCACUGCAGACAGCAGUAAAUAAGCUAAAUGAGUUAGAGAAAAUGUGUGAGUUUCUACAAAUUGAAAAGUUAGAACUAACAUCUGAACUGAAUGAUUCAAAAUCAGAAUGUAUCUUAGCAACUACCAAAAUGGCAGAAAAAGUAGAGAAACUAGUAAAUGAAGUUAAGAUACUAAAUAGUGAAAAUAGUGACCUUUCUGUUGAUUUUAUUGAAGAGAAUCGUAAAGAUGAAUUUGGGGAACAAUGUAAUGAAUCGAAAUCUAUUUGUUUAAAACUUCCAGAGGACAGUAUUGAAGAUGGUGGUGACUAUGAACAUUUCAAAUUGUCAAACAAAGAAGUUCAAAUGCAUUUUGUUGAAUUACAGGAAAAAUUUUCAUCUUUACAAGUUGAGCACAAAAUUUUACAUGAACAGCACUGCUACAUGAGCUCCAAGUUGUCAGAAUUACGUUCUUAUACUGACACACUAAAGGCUGAAAAUUCUGUAUUGUCAUUGAAUCUUAAAAACCUACAAACUGAUUUGAUGAAGCAGUGCACUCCUGAUAAAGAAUUUUCACUAGAGGAGGGUGAGUCUUUAUCAUCCUCUUGUAUGAAUGAAACCCUCCAUCUUAAAAGUUUUGCAGAUUCUUCUUUUUACAAAGACUUAUUUGAAGAAAGAAGAGAAAUAGCUUCUUUGAACAGUUUAGAAGAGAGUAUUUUAGACAAUCGGUCCAGUGCUAAUAUAGAUGAACCUCCUUGUAGCAGUCCUGUUGUAGAAUGCAUGACUAAGAAAAUUGCUAGGUCUGAUCCCAGUUUGAAUAUUGAGGAACUUGAGAUCCUUUGUCAAACUUAUCAGAUGUCACUCAAGAAUCUUGAAGACAAAUAUCAAAGUCAGGAGAUAAUGAAAGAUAAAGAGAUUCAAGAGCUUAAAGAACUCAUAGGUUCUGAAAGGAAAGAGCUAGAAUCCCUGAGAGAGCAGUAUCUAUCAGAAAAUGAACUGUGGCAACAGAAGCUGGCAAGUGUGACUGUGGAAAUGGAGUCAAAGUUGGCAGCAGAAAAGAAACAGACUGAGUCUUUGUCACUUCAGCUUGAAGUAGCAAGACUUCAACUUCAAGGUCUUGAUUUAAGUUCCCGUUCAUUCCUUAUUGCUGAAGGUGAAGAUGCAGUUAAGAAAGACCAAGAAAACAGUGUCUCAGCUAAUUUGGAAGAACAUGUUUCAUCCAUUGAAUCCAUUGGUGAAAAUAUAAUUAAGAGUGACAGACUACACACUUCUGAGCAAAAUGUUCAACAGAACUUAAAUUUGGAGUGUGAGCAAAUAGCUGCGAUUGAUGGUGUCUCUUCUGCAGCAGUAUAUUCUAAGGAACUGAACUUAGAAAAUGAAACUAGAAAUUUAUCAGAUAAAACCAUAAACAAUUCAGGAUACAUUCAUGAAUUAUCAUUUUCUAGUAAUGAUACUUUGGCGGCUAUGGAUUUCCUGGAGAAUCAGGUACUCAUUCAGAAUCUACAAAUGCAGGUGAAAGAGUCUUCAAAUGAAAACUUGAAGUUACUAUGUGGCCUAGAGGAAAGUAAUAAAAAAGUUGAUAGAUUGCUCGGUGAAAACAAACAAUUAGACUGUGAGCUGGAUUUACGAAAGGCUGAAUUAACUGCUAAGGUACGCAUGUAUUCAGAAUUAGAAAAAGUAGUUCAGGAACUUCAAAAAGAAAAAUCAGAUAUGAGUGAAAAACUGGAAUCUCUCUCUUAUGAUAAUCAGCAAUUACUUCAGAGAGUAACAUCUUUGGAAAACUUAAAUUCUGCUUCAGAAAUGUGUGCAGGUAUAUUUGCAGACAAUAUAGAUGUUGAAGAUAACAUAGCAAUGGUGAAUAAAGACUGGAAAGAAAAAUUUCUUGAAAUUGAAAAUGAAUUGAAGAGGGUAAAAUCUGAAAAGACUAACAUUGAGAGUCAUGCUUUCUCCAUUGAAGCCGACUUGGAAGGUCUUCAAACAAAGAAUCUUUGCUUAGAAAAAGAUAAUGAUAAUAAACAGAAGUUGGUGUCCAAUCUUGAAGAACAACUUUCUCUGGUCAUAUCUGAGAGAAACCACCUUAGUGGAGAACUAGACACUCAUUUAAGGGCAAAAAUGCAACUAGAAGAAAUAUGUGAAAAAUUGAAGGGAAAAAUUGAAGUGUUUGAGUCAAAUCAAAGGGAAUCCUUGCAACAUAUAGAAAUAAUGGAGUCUGAGGUAAGAGACAAAACGCAACUCCUUCAGACUCUGUCAUCUGAUGUCAACCAACUAUUAAAAGAAAAAGAUCAUCUCCAAGAACAUAUUCAGAGUUUAGAGAACAAUUCGCAGAUGCUUAGUUUGGAAAAAGAUGACUUGAAAAAUGAAAUUGGUCAAUUAACCAAUGAGAAAGAGCUUCUUAUGAGAGAAACAGAAAACCUGAAAGCCAAGUUGAAUGAAUCAGAAGCAGAAAAUGUAAACCUUUCUAAGGUGUUAGAGAGUUCUCUAAUUGAGAAAGGUGAGAUUGUAGCAAGAUUGAAUUCAACAGAAGAAGAAGUACAUCAGCUGAGAAGUGGCAUAGAAAAACUAAAAGUUCGCAUAGAGGCUGAUGAAAGGAAAAAACAUCAUGUUUUAGAAAAGCUUAAGGAAAGUGAACGUAAAGCUGACUCAUUUAAGGACAAAAUUGAAUCACUUGAAAGAGAGUUGCAGAUGUCAGAAGAAAAUCAAGAAGCAGUGAUUCUUGAUGCUGAGAAUGCAAAGUCUGAAUUAGAAACACUGAAAACACAAAUAGAAGAGUUAACCAAAGGCCUAAAAUGUUCAGAAUUGGAAUUAUUUGCUUUAAGGACAGAAAAAGAAAGUAUAUUGAAGGAGUUACAAGAAAAGCAAGGUCAGGUGUCUCAAUUGGAACAGUUGGCCCAAAGCUUAAAAUUUGUUGAAACUGAAGUUUUUUCUUUAAGAUCAGAAAAAGAGAACAUGAUGAAAGAAAUACAAGGAAAUAAAUGUCAAGUGUUUGAAUUAGAAAAGUUGACUCAAACUUUGAAUUGUUUAAAAUCAGAACUUGAUGCUUUAAAGUCAGAAAAAGAAACCAUUUUGAAAGAACUACAAGAAAAGGAAAACCGAGUGUCUGAAUUAGAAGAAUUGAUCCAAAACUUUGGAUAUGGAGAACCUGGAGUUGUAACUUUAUUUUCAGACAAAGAAAACAUGUUAAAAAACCUUCAAGGAACUCAGAGUCAAGCUUCUGAAUUAGAAAAGCGGACUGAAACCCCCAUAUGUUUAGAAUCAGAACUUGUCACCUUAAUGUCAGAAAAAGAAAAUAUGCUGAAUGAACUACAAGAAAAGCAAGGUAGAGUAACUGAAUUAGAGGCAUUGAACCAAUCGCUAAAACAUUUGGAAACAGAGCUUAUUGCCGUAAAGUCAGAAAAAGAAAAUUUAUCAAAAGAACUGCUACAAGAAAAGCAAACUAAAGUGCUUGAAUUAGAAGAGUUAACUAAAAAUCUAAAAUUUAUGGAAACAGAAAUUUUUGCCUUGAGGUCUGAAAAAGAAAAUAUGUUGAAAGAACUACAUGAAAAUCAAAGUCGAGUGUCUGAAUUAGAAAAGUUGACUCAAAACUUAAAGUAUAUGGAGAGUAAUGUUUCCUUAGGCACAGAAAGAGAAAAUAUAUCUAUUGAACUACAAGAAAAUCAUGAUCACCAAUUAGAGGAGUUGACCAGAAACCUAAAGUCUUUGGAGAAGGAGGUUGUUGUUUUAAGGGAGGAAAAAGAAAACAUGUCUAAAAACCAGAGAGAAAAUCAGGUGUCUGAAUUAGAAGAAUUGAUUCAAACCAUAAAAUAUUUAGAAUCUGAACUUGUGGCUUCAAGAGCAGAAAAAGAAUCCAUAUCAAAUAAACUACUAAAAGAAAAGCAGUGUUGGGUAUCUGAAUUAGAAGAGCUGACCCAGUCUCUAAAGUGUUUGGAAAUUGAAGUUGCUUCUUUAAGGUCAGAAAAAGAAAACAUAUCGAAGGAAUUGCACAAAAAGCAGAGUCAAAUGUCUGAAUUAGAAGAAUUGAUUGAAACCUUAAGAUGUAUAGAAACUGAAGUUGUUUCCUUACGAUCAGAAAAAGAGAUUGUAUUGAAAGAACUUCAAGAAAAUCAAGAUCAAGUAUAUGAACUAAAAGAAUUGAUUGAAGGCUUAAAAUGUGUAGAAAUAGAAGUGGUUGCCUUAAGGUCAGAAAAAGAAAAUAUAUUGAAAAAAUUAAAAGGAAAGCAAGAUCAAGUUUGCCAGUUAGAAGAGUCGAUUAACACCCUAAAAACAGAACUUUUUUUCUUGAGAUCAGAAAAAGAGAAUACUUUGAGAGAAUUACAAGAAAAUCAUUAUCAGAUCUUUGAGUUAGGAGAAUUAGUCCAAAUGCUAAAAUGCUUAGAUUCAGAACUUAGCACUAUAAGGUUAGAAAAAGAAAAUGUUUUGAAAGACUUAAAAGAAAGACAAGAUCGAGUAUCUGAAUUAGAAGAGCUGAUCAUAAGCUUAAAAUGUUUGGAAAAUGAAGUUGUUUCCUUGAGGUCGGAAAAAGAAAGCAUAUCAAAGGAGUUACAGGAAAAGCAGAGUCAAGUGUCUGAAUUAGAAGAGUUGACCAAAAGUCUAAAGUGCUUGGAAUCUGAAACUGCUUCUUUAAAAUCAGAAAAAGACAGUAUGUUGAAGGAACUGCAAGAAAAACAGGAUCAAAUUUGUGAAUUAGAAGAGAUGAACAUAAGUCUAAAAUGCUUGGAGACUGAAGUUGUUUCCUUAAGGUUGGCGAAUGAAAACAGGUUGAAGGAGUUAGAAGAAAAGCAGAGUCAAGUGUCUGAAUUAGAAGAGCUGACCAAAAGUCUAAAGUGCUUGGAAUCUGAAGUUGCUUCUCUGACAUCAGAAAAAGAAAAUCUGUUGAAGCAGCUGUGUGAAUUAGAAGAGUUGACUAAAAACCUAAAAUGUCUGGAAAAUGAAAUUGUUUCCUUAUCAUCAGAAAAAGAAAACAUUUUGAAAGAACUACAAGAAAAGCAGGGUCAAGUGUCUGACUUAGAAGAGUUGACCAAGAGUCUAAAGUCUUUGGAACCUGAAGUUGCUUCUUUAAGGACAGAAAAAGAAAAUAUACUGAAGGAGCUGCAAGAAAAACAAGUUCACAUUUGUGAAUUAGAAGCAAUGACCGUAAACCUGAAAUGUUUGGAGACUGAAGUUUCUUCUUUAAGGUCAGAAAAAGAAACCAUGUCUCAGGAGUUGCAAGAAAAGCAGGGUCAAAUUUGUGAAUUAGAAGAGAUGAACAUAAGCCUGAAAUGUUUGGAGACUGAAGUUGUUUCCUUAAGGUUAGCAAAAGAAAACAUGUUGAAGGAGUUAGAAGAAAAGCAGAGUCAAGUGUCUGAAUUAGAAGAGCUGACCAAAAGUCUAAAGUGCUUGGAAUCUGAAGUUGCUUCUCUGACAUCAGAAAAAGAAAAUCUGUUGAAGCAGCUGUGUGAAUUAGAAGAGUUGACUAAAAACCUAAAAUGUCUGGAAAAUGAAAUUGAUUCCUUAUCAUCAGAAAAAGAAAACAUUUUGAAAGAACUACAAGAAAAGCAGGGUCAAGUGUCUGACUUAGAAGAGUUGACCAAGAGUCUAAAGUCUUUGGAACCUGAAGUUGCUUCUUUAAGGACAGAAAAAGAAAAUAUAUUGAAGGAGCUGCAAGAAAAACAAGUUCACAUUUGUGAAUUAGAAGCAAUGACCGUAAACCUGAAAUGUUUGGAGACUGAAGUUUCUUCUUUAAGGUCAGAAAAAGAAACCAUGUCUCAGGAGUUGCAAGAAAAGCAGGGUCAAAUUUGUGAAUUAGAAGAGAUGAACAUAAGCCUGAAAUGUUUGGAGACUGAAGUUGUUUCCUUAAGGUUAGCAAAAGAAAACAUGUUGAAGGAGUUAGAAGAAAAGCAGAGUCAAGUGUCUGAAUUAGAAGAGCUGACCAAAAGUCUAAAGUGCUUGGAAUCUGAAGUUGCUUCUCUGACAUCAGAAAAAGAAAAUCUGUUGAAGCAGCUGUGUGAAUUAGAAGAGUUGACUAAAAACCUAAAAUGUCUGGAAAAUGAAAUUGAUUCCUUAUCAUCAGAAAAAGAAAACAUUUUGAAAGAACUACAAGAAAAGCAGGGUCAAGUGUCUGACUUAGAAGAGUUGACCAAGAGUCUAAAGUCUUUGGAACCUGAAGUUGCUUCUUUAAGGACAGAAAAAGAAAAUAUAUUGAAGGAGCUGCAAGAAAAACAAGUUCACAUUUGUGAAUUAGAAGAGAUGACCAUAAACCUUAAAUGUUUGGAAGCUGAAAUUGCUUCUUUAAGGUCAGAAAAAGAAAACAUGUCAAAGGAGCUGGAAGAAAAGCAGGGUCAAAUGAAAGAACUAGAAAUGUUAAAUGCUUCAUGUGAAAGCCUAUUAGAAGAAAAAGAAGAGGAAAAGAGAAAACUUAAAGAAGAAUCCAACCAUACAAUAGAGUUGCUUCAAAAACAGUUGAAUGAUCUAAGUAAGAAAAUAGAAUCCUUACAUGAAGAACACAGUAUAUGUAAGGUCAAUGAACAGGAUCUAAAUUAUCAAGUGGAUUGUCUAAAGAAUGAGAAAGUUCAUUUGAUGCAGCAGCUUGAAGAGAACAAAACUGAUAAUGCUGUGCUGAAAUCUUCUAUGAAUGACCUUAUUCAAGAAAUGGGAAGCAACAAACAAAAGUUAGAGAAAGUGAUGGAAGAAAACAGAAUGCUGCAAAAACAAGUUGAAGACCUCAGAAAGCUCUCCUCUAUGCUGACCCAGAUGGAGGCAAAGCAGCAGCUCUGGGAGAAAGAAAAAUUGCAGCUGGAAAAUCUUACAGUGGAAUUACAACAGAAGAUCCAAGAACUAUCCAAGAAUGAAACUUUGUAUGACAGUUUAGAAGCUCUGCAAAGUUCUUAUGCGAAUCUGGAGAAUGAACUUGAGUUGACAAAGAAGGAAAACUCAUCUCUUCUUGAAAAGAUAAAUAAAGUGACAGAAAAUGAAGUUCUGCUAAAGAAGGAAAUGAAUGACAUGAUGCAAAAGAUGACCACGUUGCAAGAAGAAUAUGCUGGAGAGAAGAACAGGUUUACUGAUUACAUAAAAAUUAGAGAAGCAGAAGCAGAGAAGAGUAAAAUACAACUGGAUGAGCUACUCCUGGAAAAGUGUGAACUGAAGAAGAGUUUGGAUUGUGUACAAGAAGAGCUGAAGGAAAGAGAAGGGAAAGCAAGAGAUGAAAUAUCAGAUUAUCAGUGUAGGCUUCAGGAUGCCAAUAAGAAAUAUGAAACUUUACUCAAGGAAGCAAACAAAAAGCAUGAAAUGGAAAUUAAAGUGUAUCAAGAGAAACUAAUUUGUAAAGAACAGGAUCUCAGCUCGCACAAGUCAGAGAUGGAGAUUUUAAAGUCCAAUAAAGAAGAAUUAGCUAAUUCUCUGAAAUGUACUAGUAAGAUAUUAGAAGAAUUGAAGAAAACCAAGGCUGAUAAUAUGAAAUAUGUAACUCAGUUGAAGAAGGAGAAUGAAAAUGCUAGAGGAAAAAUACAGUUGUUGAUCAAAACCUGUAAACAGCUGGAGAAUGAAAAAGAAGUGUUACAGAAAGAAAUAACCGGCCUUGAAGCGUUACAGGAGAAUCAGAAACAAAAUAAUGCCCUGGGUGUUAAUGUAGAAGAACUGAUGGCCGAGAUGAAAGAACUGAAAGAAACUCUUGAAGAAAAAAAUAAAGAGACAGAUGAAUAUUUGGAUAAGUAUUGCAACCUUCUUGUUAGUUAUGAAAAGCUGGAAAAAGAUAAAGAUAUGUUAGAAGCACAGGUUACUUUCCUGAAUUCUCUUCAAGGAAAACUUACCUCUCAGACUUCUCCUUUGCUAAACUCAGUUGAUUCAAGACAUACUCCAAGUCAGUCUGUUACUGAAAAGAAGACAUUAGCCAGUGAAACUAAAGUUUCAAGCAAGAGACCAAGGUCGUGUGGUAUCAAGGAAAGUGACGGAGAGUCAAUGCCUUCUACACCAGAAACUUUUACUAAAAGGAUCAAAAAAGGCAUGACACCAAAAGGUGUCACAUACCCCUUAAGGGGCUUGGAGAACACUGAGUAUGAGCCAGAAGGACUACCAGAAGUAGUAAAGAAAGGAUUUGCUGAUAUCCCAACUGGAAAAACAAGCCCUUAUGUCCUUCGGAGAACAACCAUGGCUACGAGGGCCAGUCCCCGUCUUGCUGCACAGAAGUUAUCGCCUUCUCUGAAUCUACAGAAGGAACAGUCAGAAAAUCUUGCUAAGACCUCCAAAUCAACAGCUGGUGGCAGCAAAUCACAAAAGGCAAAAGAUGUCCAGCACCAAGUGGAAUCACUUGUGACAGUCACAAAACCUACUACAAGAUCUCCUGCAAAUAAUCUUUCAAAAAAAACUUCUGCUGACAUCCCUAAAGAGAGUAUGAGAACCAAGCGAGUCAGACAUUCCCCAAGCAAACACACCGUACCUGAACAAAACAAAGAAGAAAACUGUAGAGUUCAAUAAAUUUUGAAAGGUUUCUAUGGUGUAUCAGUGCUAUCCAAGUAAAGAAACAUUUUUUUUAAAGCCUCCCAUAGAGGUUUUUGUUUAGUCAGUCUUAAAGUUGUUGAAUCUGUGUUGUUUUUAAAUUGAAAUGUCAGAACAAGAAUGAUUGUCUUGCCUUAGCAUAUCUUUCUCAUUGUUCCUACUUGUACAAUAAUGUAAAUAGUCCUGUAUAAAGUUAUGUGGGAAAAGUUGUAAAAUACUUCAAUUACAUAGGGAAUGACGCAUUGAAUUUACAAAGCACAUUUUGUUAUAUUCAUUAAAUGACCAUUAGUACCAGAAAUGUAUAUUGUGGUUUUAGUCUAUAGUGGGAGACAUGAGAGAUUUUGAGCAAGGAAUUGUAAUGAGCCAUAUGUCCACUUGGAUAUAUUUAAAAAAAAAAAAAAAACCCAACCAAACCACGUGUAUUUUAGGAGUAAGUACAAUAUAUGUAUAAUUUGUUUAUAGUAAAAUUAUGAUUUUGAAGUGUCUAUAGCUAACAUAAGUGGUUAAUAAUAAAAAUUACAUUACUUGUGGAAGUAUAAAACUUACUCUUUCUGUUGACCCUUGGGGGUGGGAAAUGGAAAAAUAUGACUGUGUGUGAGAUGCUUAGAAAUCCUGUGUUAUUCAGAUAAUAGGUAUAAUGGUUACAUAAAAGUCAAUCCCUAAGGGGUAUAAUACCCAGAUUGGUAUUCAGUAAGAUAAGGGUGUGUGGAAAUUUAUUUUGAUUUGGGGACCCUACCUUUGGGCUGAGAUUAGAAAGCCUUAGGCACUCAGGGUCUCUUCUGUGUCGGAGGUGCUGUCGCCACUCCCCUUCUGCUUCAACUGAGCCAAAAAGCCCCCAACUCCCUCCAACCUGA